GACUGUAAACCUGGCCUGGUUUUAUAUUUUGUGUCUCUGCAGUGUCCCCCUCGCCGCUGUGACAAUGACUUUCUCCCCUCCUCCAUCCGGUCCACUCGGGGGCACCAGCAUCCAGGAGCAGCGGGACCGCUGGGAGAGAAAACGCACCCGGACAGCCAAAGAGUUAGUGCAGACAGAACAACGCUACUGCCAACAGCUGGAGCUGGUCACCACUUACUUUGUGGAGAUCUUGAAGGCCAAAGGAACCCUGAAGCAGGACAUUAGAGAAAGCAUCUUUAGUUCAAUUAAAGCCAUUCAUUCAGUAAACCAAUCUCUGCUGGUCCAUUUGGAGAAUGGCUACUUUGGCCGAGGCUUCGACCAGCUCUGUCCACAUCUGCACCACUACAAUAUCUAUGUGGAUAACAUCUAUAAUGCCAGAAAAGUGCUUGGGAUCCAGCUGAAGAAAAACAAGGCCUUCAGACGUUUUAAGAAACUACAGGAAGCCCGACCAGAGUUUCACAACCAGAAGCUUGAGGACUUACUUCGACUUCCCAUUCUGCGGAUUGAUCAGUAUAAACAUUUCCUGCAGGACCUGACUGCCAACACAAGUCCAGACAACCCAGAGUUUCAGCAGCUUUCAAGGGCAGUGAGUGCGAUAUGCGAGGUGUCCCAGCGUAUCGAGAACAACACCCGCUGCCAUGAGAACCACCUGCAGCUUUGCCGGGUGCAGAAACUGCUGAAAGGGCGAAAGACGAAGGUGUCGGCUGCAGGGAGGUGGUACAUCCGUGAGGGCUGGCUCAAGGUGGUUCCCCAAAAAGGUGCAGAAGCUACGCCCAAGAUGUUCUUCCUGUUUUCUGACAUGCUGCUGCAGACCAAGCGCUGCAGCCCACUGGAAUUCAACAACAAAGAAAAGUUUGCCGGCCAGCACGCUUUCCCCCUGCAGGACUGCACUGUGGAGAAGGUGUUUGGCCACACCAGGAGCCAGGGAGGCCUGCUCAGUUUAUCCUUCCCUAAAGCCAAACUCCUGCUGAUGUCCUGCAACCAGGAGGAUCUCAAUGACUGGUACCAAAGCCUGAGCUCUGCCAUCAGGAAGCUGCAGUCGAAGCAGACAGUGGUCCAUCAAAGGGACGAGUUGUGCCGGAGACCCCUCCGAUCAGCUGCUGACAGCCACAACACACCAAGUGGCAGCAGGAAGAGAAUCAUGGUGAGCACAGAGACCAGUGAGUUUACUCCGAACAAUGAGUGGGAGAACAGCGCCCCCAAGAGGAUGAAACAGACUGAUGCUCCAGUGCAGAGUGAGGCGUCCACUUCCAGCUGUGUGAUCCUCUGAUGGACUUUUUCUUCAGUCUGAGAUGACGGUGGAUCCUGACGGCGCUCAGUCUUAGAGUUUCACUUCAGACUUUUGUGUUCUGCUCAGUUUUACAAAACAUGACACGCAUGCAACCGCACUUCUGUGCUAUUAACACUUUAUUUUUUCUGUGCAUGUCAGGAGAUUGGGAUUAUUACUAACAGGAGCUUCAGCUUCUGCUCAUCCUGUGCAAUAUAAACGAUGUUGAUCUGCUGCUUUACACACCAAAUAUCUGAUGGCUGUUUAACUGUGAGCAUGUUGUAUGUUGCUGCUGCUUCCUCUUGUAAUGAUAUAACACCACCAGUGUCCUUUUCUAGGUCUGCACCGGAAUCCACCAUUCCACCUCUCUAUUUAGACAGUAGUCAUUUUACACUUAAUUAAUAGGCAGAAUUAGAAAAGAUGAGGUGAAAACUACAAACAAUCUGUUUGGGUAGGCACUAAAAUAAAUUCACUCACAUAGCAGUUUACAUUUACACCUCUGAUUCUGUCCAAUCAGCUCUUCUCACUGAUGGAAGCAAAUAAAAAAGUGUUGUUUCCUUCACUAUACACAGAUGUUAUAUUUAAUUUGCCACAAUUACCAGGUUCAGUUUGGAAAUGACAGCUAUUGCUACAUUUAAGUGCUAAUUGUGUAUUAAACUACAAAAUAUCCAAUAGAUAAAAUAAACAUUGUGAAAAUAUAAGGAUUAUGAGGUAAAUAGUCAUUUUAAAAAAUGAGAUAGAUAUGUUAAAUUCAAACAAUUAAUAGAAAUCAACUGAUUAUAUCACUCUUCAGUUUUAGUUUAACAUUGAAAUAUUUUUUUAUUUCCAGAUGCCGUUUUCAAAGGUGGUUUUAUUUAAUUUAAUAUUGUUUUUCCCCUGAAACGUACUUUAUAUGUCAUAUUUUUUGUGUCAGUGAGAAAACUGAUAUUGUGAAUAAAAUUUCAAGAAUGUCCUUUGAAACAACAAUAGUUAUAAUAUAAUACAACAAGAUACAAUAAAUAUAAGAAUAAUGAAAUAACAUUCCACAAUAAUGAUGUGGGUGUUUUCAAGCUGUUUAAUAUAUAUUUAAUUAUAAUCCAUAAUUAUGACUGGGUCUUCCAUUCAUCCUAAAUGCACCUUCAUUUAUUAAUGAUUAAUUGAGGAGAGUGACAGAACCAACCUGCCAACCUUCCAUCUGGGUUCAUCCCACUGUUUUCUCUUGCUGCUGACUCGACUUUUCUGUUGCUGCUGACAGUUCCUGGAAUGUCUGAUUUGAUUGUUUGUUUGCCUAAUUUACAGUAGUUAUACAUAGCUUUUACAUGUGAAACCCACUGUGGGGAAUGCUUAUUAUUAUGAAUGGAAUCAAUGCAUUUAAUCAACUGCAUUGUUUUCUAGAAAUGACUGAUUUCUGUGAAGUAUCUGCAUCCAGGCUAGAAAACCUGGUAAACAGAUGUAAAGUUCUAUGUGCUGACUGUUUUAUGUUUUUAUUACAUUGUAUUCUUCAUUAUCCCUUUUAAUCAUAUAUAUACUUUAUUAACCAAACAAAUAUUUGCUUCUUUUCUUUAUAUCCUGUAUUAACAAUACUUCGCAUUUUGACCUUAGUGAUUAUUUUACAUAUCAUUUUAAAUGCCAUAUUUUUACACCUUUUUGCUAAAGCUGUUACACUGGUUACAAUUAAUGAAUGGAGAUGGAAAUCAUUUAAAUUCCCCAAUAAAACUCUAAAAGAA